AUGGAUAGUAAAGACUAUGAUCACACUAGAAAUCUAACAUUAAUGUUCUUUUUAGAUCGUUUAAUCGAUAAAGGGCAACCUAGGACAUUACACGAUUUAUCCUGUCAGUUUGGUACUAAAGGAUUUACCAAAGAAAUGAGACAGAUCGCCGGUGGUAGCCAGGCUGGUCUUAAAAAGUUCCUUUCCCAAUAUCCUUCCCUGUUUACUAUAGAUGGUGAUCAAGUGACUGUAACCUGUUAUACUUCAUCCAGUAAUGACCCGAGUGGGAAGAAGGGGAAGAGAGAUUAUGCCUUAGAAGCAGUCGAAUAUUUUACUAAUAAGUUAGAACAAUACGGUAAUGCUGAAGUGCCAAUAAAAAGUUUACUUGGUCAUAGAUCUCAAGCUACGCCCGAAAUAAGACACAUUUCGGGCCAGCAUGUGAAGGAAUUCAAAGAUUUCUUACUCAGAUUUCCGGAUGUGUUUGUCGUAAAAGAUGAUUACGUUGUCCUGAAAAAUGUACUCGAUAACCUAGACGGCGAAGAAAAAGUUAACAUUACUAAAGUACCUGAAGAAGAGCCGCUGGAUCCACAGUUAACGAAUGAACUCAUGACAUUUUUUGAGAAUGUUAUAAGAAUGAGAGGACCUUUACCUGUUGGUCAGUUAUUUGCUCAUUUGAGUGCAAGGUAUCCGAAGGAAAUGUGGUCUAUUAUGGUAAAAAAUUCUCAAGAUCUAAUUGCAUUCUUGAAGAUGAAUUCUCAGAUAUUUCAUGUACAGUCAAACGUCGUAUCUUUAACUCCGGAACGACAACAGGCGCUGAUGGUGUCUUCGAAUAAUGCGACUAGUGUAAUGUCGACUGCUCCUACGACUGCUUCCUCUUCGGCUCAAUCUUCCCCUUCUAGUGGCAGCGGUCGUUACUCCGAUAAAUCGCAGACAUUUCAGCAGAGGUUAAAAACCCAAAUUAUGAAAGCUGUAGCUGAUAAUUCUGCUUUAGAUUAUAAAGAAAGAAUGUCUUUUGGGCCGACUAGCCAUUGCUUUAGAGAAACUUCCAAUGACAAUUUAUUUACAAAACUGAUGUCUUCGCCCGAAUAUUCCGUGAUUUCUCUAGACGGCGAAGGAGUAAAUUUAGGUCCGUCGGGACCCAUUACUCUCUUACAAAUUGCCACUGAAAAUGAAGAUAUUUUUUUAUUUGAUCUCCUUUCUUGCCCACAGAUGAUGGUGGAAGGUAAUUUGCGAGAUGUUUUAGAAUCCAAAACAAUUACAAAGCUUCAACAUUGGAUAUAUAAUACAGGAUCUAUAUAUUACAGGAUCCUUCUGGCAAGAUCUUAUGAUUCCAUUCAGUUUCUUACAAUUUCAAGAAACUGA